CUGACUGACGUACAGAGAAAAAGGAAGAAGAAGAAGAAGAAGAAGAAGAAGAAAAAGAAGGAUGAAGAAGGGGAAAGGAGUGGCAAUAGCACCGAAUCCUUCAGGCAACGAAGAAGAGUCAAACGAGAGUGAGCUCUCCUUGCCCGCUGGGAGACCUCCUGCUCGAAAUGCUUCUUCCAAAUACGAUUUUGUCAAGGUAAAGGUAUGGUUGGGUGAUAAUGCGGAUCACUACUAUGUUCUGUCCAGAUUUCUCCUUAGUAGAAUGUUGACUGUCACUAAGAUCCCUAAUCAUGUAGCCAUUAAAAUUGCUCUGGAAUUAAAAAAGCUGCUUAUAGACAACAGCCUUUUGGACGUUUCCCAAUCAGAUUUGGAAGCUAACCUGUUUAAGCUUAUGGAGCGACGGGGAUAUGGGCAAGAAUACAUUAACCGUUUUAAUAUGAUGACCAGAUUUCACCACCAAAGAGUACCAUUGGUGAUCCUUGUGUGUGGAACUGCUUGUGUUGGGAAGUCAACCAUUGCCACCCAGCUUGCACAAAGGCUAAACUUGCCUAAUGUUUUACAGACAGAUAUGGUAUAUGAAUUGCUACGGACAUCAACAGAUGCACCGUUGGUAUCUACUCCUGUAUGGGCACGUGACUUCAACUCGCCUGAGGAACUCAUUACUGAAUUUUGUAGGGAAUGCAGGAUUGUUCGUAAAGGUUUGGCUGGUGAUUUGAAGAAGGCAAUGAAAGAUGGAAAACCUAUUAUAAUUGAGGGAAUACAUUUGGAUCCAAGUAUUUAUUUAAUGGAUGGCGAGAAUAGAGUAUCAAACAAAGUUCCUAGGGAAAAAGAAGAGACAAAACCUGCUUCUGUUAGCAAAGAGGGUGAUAUUGCAACAGAGAAGGAAUACAAUUCAAAAAGUACUUAUGGAAGUAACAACUGCUAUCCUGGAAAUGUGAGCCAAGAAUUAGCUGUAUCUACUGAUCAGGUGACAGAAGUUUCAGAGUGUCUACAAUCUCUCAACUUAGCAGGAAAACCUCCUGAGAACCAAGGUGAAAGUUCUAAAGAUCCCGAGAUAAAGGCCAAUCAUUCUACAAAGAAAGAGAAGUCUGCCCCUGAGCCUGUAGUUAUACCUAUUGUUCUGAGGAUGGCUGAGUUUGAUCACAAGGCUUUACUAGAGGAAUGGAUUUCUACCAGGACAUUUGGUGAUAAUUGUCUAUCCCAGCAGGAUCAAGAUAAGCUUAUUGACAACCUAAAAACUAUUCAAGAUUACCUCCGCUCUUUUGAUUCACAGGGUCUGACAGUUGUCAAUAUUUCAGCAACAACAUUCCCCCAGACAUUGGAUUGGCUGCACGGGCACCUUCUUCAGUGUAUUGAACGAGGUAUUUCAUCUGAGUCCACUUAACCUCGGAGGAGACAGGAUUCAAAUUAGGCAGAUGGAAGCCAAAGCUGUGUCAGGUGGGUGAUGACAUGGAGGUUAGUUGUUGGAUGUUGAAGGAUAAAAAGUCAGAAGGUGGACCCAUAAAUGAUCAUGUGCCACAAUUCUGUUUAUACAGCCUCUGUGGGAUGAAGACUGUACCAGGAGAGGUAAGAAUCCCUGUUAUUGCAAGGCGUUGUCCCUGCGGUUCCACUGCACAAUGCCAUUUUCAAAGCCACAACAACCAUGAACUGUAACUGAGAAACCUGGAAUUAACUAUCAGCUGCUCCGUUUGAGGAAUCAAACCCAUCAAACUUGGUCCAACAUGAAGAAAACUCAGUUGUACAUUGUAUUAUUCAGGAGCGAUUGUAAAUGGUGUGCUUGCGAUCUGAUUUCUGGGAAUGAUAAUAUAAAAUUAUGGGCAAGCUCCUCUUCUCUUGUAGCUUAGUUAACAUUUGUAAACAUAUACAGGGCAUUCUAUUUAUUUGGUAUCCAUUGUGGGAUUUGAUUGAA